UUGCUGCUUGCAAGGAAGUGCGGUCGGCAGUUUUGGGAACACAGCGCGUCCCGCGCCAGUCGGCUCCGAGCCCCUGGAGCGUCACAGUUCCCGUUUAUGUGAACUCUCGUGUGAGUGCGUCGACAUGAUGGUGGAAAAAACUCUCGAGCAGCGAUACGCGAUAAAGGUUUGUUUCAAACUUGAGAAGACGCCGUCUGGAACUUUUGAGUUGCUUCGGAAUGAUUUUGAUGACGACUGCUGUUGUGCGGACUUGCGGUUGUGAGGAGGUCGCCCUUCAACAUCGCGAGAUGAAAGUUCGGUUGACAAAGUGUGCAAAUUGUUGAACUCUGCUCGAAGAAUGAGUGUUCGCCUAAUCACAUGACAGAAACGCUUGACAUUCCGAAGACCAAUGUGCACAAGAUUGUGACGGAAAACGUACAAAUGCCGAAGGUGUGCGCCAAACUUGUCCCGAGAGUGCUCAUCGUUUGCCAAAAGAACUAUCGAGUGGAAGUGUGUCAAGAAUAGUUGCAGUGGUGUGAGGACGCUCUCCCAGUUGCCUUAUAGUUCUGAUUUGACCCCGCUCGACUUCUUUUUGUUCUCGUAAGAUUAUAAAAUCCCUCUAAGGACAGCAACUCUGGAAAAUAUCAAGGCUGCUACGACGAGGUUACUAAAGGACAUCCCAGUGAAGGUGUUCCAGGAGGCAUAUAAAGCAUGGAAAUCUCGUUGGAACGCGUGUGUUGAAGCAAGAGGGAUGCAUUUUGAAGAAUAUUGAGUAAUUUUUACUUUGGUCUGCGAUCGACAGUGGCUCUUGCCAAACCUCCAAAUGGUGGUGCCUGCGGGGAUGAUAUUUGGAGCGUUCAUCAUAGGAUGGAUUUCUGAUGACUUUGGUCGCAAAGCAGGGUUUGUUACUUCAUCUACAAUUUAUAUGAUUUCUGCAGCAAUUCCUUUUAUAAUCCAAACAUACUGGGCACUGUGUUUGUCUCGAUUUACAAUGGGAAUUGCUAACUCUGGUUGCUACUACAGUGGUCUCACUCUCUGUGUAGAAGUGUCCUCCUUGAGAAUGAGAAGUACUGUCGGCACACUUUACAACGUCAGCUAUUCUGUGGGAGCAAUGAUCUUGCCUCUUAUGGCGUACUUUCUUCCGAAGUGGCGGGAUUUGCUUAUAGCCUACUCGGUGCCAACAUAUCUUCUCUUCAUAUCUAUAUGGUUAAUUCCAGAGUCUCCCAGGUGGCUUGCAACAAAAGGUAAAUACGAGAAAGCAUGGAAAAUUUUGAAAAAAGUUUGGAAAGAUGUGGACGUUGAUGUUGCUGAUGAUGACACUCCUAUACAACCACAAUCUAAGAAGGAGCGAUUAAAAAAAUCAUGUCAAGUGAUUGGAAAUUUUUGUUUAAUCAAAGAAUUGCUCCACCGACUUAUCAUUUGUUUGGUUCUAUGGUUCAUUAUAAAUCUCAAUUACGAUCUGCUCCCACAAAAUGCUGACAAUUUUGGUGUAAAUAGGUACCUGAUGAACGGAUUGCUGGGCCUCAUGGAGGGCGUCUCCUACGUCAUCCCUGUGGUGCUUCUGCGCUUCUUCGCGCGCCGCAUCCUGGGCGCGUCGCUCUUCAUCUGCUCCGGGGUAGCCCUCAUGCUCACGUUGGCAGUGCCCAGAGACGAGACGUGGGCUCAGCCUUUGCAGAUAACGUUGAUAAUGCUGGGGCGCGUCGCCAACUGCACGCUGUACGCCGUCGUCAUCGUCCACACGGCCGAGUUGUUCCCCACGGAGGAGAGGGCCACCGCGCUAGGCUUCUCCGCCGGAGCCAUUAAACCUCAAUUACCUGCCGGAUUGUGUGGUAUUGCUAAUAUUGGAAUUGCAGUGGUUGUACUUAUUCUACCAGAGACAAGAGGAAAACCACUUGUCGACACAGUGGAAGAAAUCGAGGCUCUUACAGAAGAAAGCGAGAAAGUAUCGUGUUUAAACAUUUGUAAAUUGAAAAUGUAAAAAAA